CAAGGGGAACCGCGUUGCUAGUCGUCGUAGUUUCGACAGUCGUCGUGGUCGGCGUACGAUCCUCUUUUUCAGACGACUUCCUCUUGGAUUUCUUCGAGAAGAAGCACCCCAUGUUGUCCUUUCAGUGGGGCACAGAUGAGAACAGCACUACCAAGGCCACGUCGCGGAGCGGAUCUUUACUUUCACUUCUCCAGGAAAAGGCUGACUUUAACGUCCAAGAGCUGCGCAUGUGAGUUUCCUGUUUUGAAGAGGAGUGAGCUCUGAACUGCAGAUUCAUCACAAUCCUGGGACAAUGACUCAGUAGCUCAGAAGAAGGUGUCUUCAGGGCGGCAGUGGUCUGAUCUGGUCUCCUCCACAGGGCAGCGCAGUCUCCCCCUCUCCUCUGCUCUCCUCUCCCCGUGUGUGUUUCUUUAAAAGGCUGAACCCGCCGGUCUGUAGCAGGGUAGGCUCACCGCUCGGCUCAGCUGUCCCCUCCAGCAGUGACAUGGCACUGAGGCGGUGAUCGUCCGUCAGCAGCAUCCUGCACCAUGGACGCUCCUCAACGGGGCUCCGUGAUCCCCAUGUGGAUCGUGCUGAUCGCGGGCUCGGUGCUGAAGGCGCAGGGAGACGGAAUAGAAGAACUUGCAACCGAGAAGGAGGCGGAGGAAAGUCACCGUCAGGACAGCGUUAAUUUGCUGACAUUCAUUCUGCUGCUGACCUUAACGAUCCUCACCAUAUGGCUCUUCAAGCACAGACGGGUCCGUUUCCUUCACGAAACCGGUCUGGCAAUGAUUUACGGUUUGCUGGUAGGUGUGAUUCUGCGGUACGGCAUCCCCGCCACCAGCUACCACAACAAGACUCCCCCAAGCUGCAUGCUGAAGGAGGGACCUACGAGCACCCUGCUGCUCAAUGUCAGCGGAAAGUUCUUUGAGUACACGCUGAAAGGAGAGAUCAACUCCAGGGAGAUUCACAACGUGGAGCAGAAUGACAUGCUGCGCAAGGUGACGUUUGACCCUGAAGUAUUCUUCAACAUCUUGCUGCCUCCGAUUAUUUUCCACGCUGGAUACAGUCUGAAGAAGAGACAUUUCUUCAGGAACCUGGGCUCCAUCAUUACCUACGCUUUUCUCGGCACUGCCAUCUCAUGCUUCGUUAUCGGGAAUCUGAUGUACGGCGUGGUCAAACUGAUGCAGGCGGUCGGACAGUUGACGGACAAGUUUUACUACACAGACUGUCUCUUCUUUGGAGCAAUCAUCUCUGCUACAGACCCAGUGACGGUGUUGGCCAUCUUCAACGAGCUGCAUGCAGAUGGGGAUCUGUACGCUCUGCUGUUUGGAGAGAGCGUCAUGAAUGAUGCAGUGGCCAUCGUCCUCUCCUCGUCCAUAGUGGCGUACCAGCCCAGCGGAGCAAACACUCACAUGUUUGAUGCCUCAGCCUUUUUCAAGUCGGUGGGUGUGUUUCUGGGUAUUUUCAGCGGCUCCUUCGUGAUGGGAGCAGCUACAGGAGUCGUCACUGCUCUCGUCACCAAAUUCACCAAGCUGCACUGCUUCCCUCUACUGGAGACGGCCCUCUUCUUCCUCAUGUCCUGGAGCACCUUCCUGCUGGCCGAGGCCUGUGGGUUCACAGGUGUUGUAGCCGUGCUUUUCUGUGGCAUCACUCAGGCUCACUACACCUACAACAACCUCUCUGAGGAGUCCACAAAGCGCACCAAACAGCUCUUCGAGGUCCUUCACUUCCUGGCAGAGAACUUCAUCUUCUCCUACAUGGGCCUCGCUCUGUUCACCUUCCAGAAUCACAUUUUCAGCCCCAUUUUCAUCAUAGGGGCUUUUAUUGCUAUAUUCAUCGGAAGGGCUUUAAACAUCUACCCGCUGUCCUUCCUCCUCAACCUCGGCAGACGUCACAAGAUCAAGGGAAACUUCCAGCAUAUGAUGAUGUUUGCAGGUUUGCGUGGAGCGAUGGCAUUUGCCUUGGCCAUCCGGGACACGGCGACAUACGCCCGGCAGAUGAUGUUCACCACCACGCUGCUCAUCGUCUUCUUCACUGUCUGGGUGUUUGGAGGUGGGACGACACCCAUGCUGUCCUGGCUGCACAUCAGAGUUGGGGAAACCAAAGCUUUGCAGGAUGAGCGACGUCGAAGAGAAAAGUGGGAGUACUCCAGGGUUGGUGUGGAUCCAGAUCAGGACCAGCAGCCCUGUGGAGACAGCUUCCAGGUCUUACAGGGGGAUGGCCCUCAGGCUGAAGGCCAGAGUAAAACCAAACAGGAGAGUGCGUGGCUCUUCAGACUGUGGUACACCUUUGAUCACAACUACCUGAAGCCCAUCCUGACACACAGCGGCCCUCCUCUCACCUCCACUCUUCCUGCCUACUGCGGGCCGCUGGCGAGCUGUCUGACCAGCCCUCAGGCAUACGAGAACCACGAGCAGCUGAGAGACCACGACUCUGACCUCCUCCGCAAUGACGGCGACCUCACCUUCACGUUUGGUGACACCGCAAUCACAGCAAACGGGGCGUCCGGAGGCAGCGGGGAUGUUGCUGGAGGGUCGGGCUGGAGCGCCAACGGGAAAAGGAGCGGCAGCACGUCAGAGGAGGCGCUUGAGCGCGAGCUGGACUCCCGCGAGCAGGAGCUGCUGAGCCGGGGCACACGCCUGGUUUUCCCCAUGGAAGAUCAUGUUUGACCCCCUUCUUCUAUUUGCUCUCAUCACCAACCUCCCUGACCUGACCCCCAGCCCCCCUCACCCAUCAGCUCCCUCUCUACGUCCUGGAGGCAGAGCAUCCAGCCCCUCAGAGAUGAUAAGACAGAGUGGAGAGACAUGGGAGGAGACAACGGGAGGGUUCACAGACACUCGGAGCUCUAUCCAGACCCCUGGAGCUGAGCUGAAGGAGCAUUUCAUCUUCAUUACAGAGCUGGAAUGUGUUCUGCAGGGGACGUGUCCUCCAGUGCACCAGAAGAUAAAAUCUUCAUGUUACUAUACUGUGAUUUAGUUUCCUCUCAAUAAACCACACAGUUAUGCAGAAACGGGGACAAAAAGUCCUCAUGCAAGAUUAAAUCUGCUCUUUGGAGCAUCUGAAGCUGCGUGUGUUUGGCACAGUCACGAAAAGAAAAUGUGGCCUCUCUGAAAUCACACCACAUUUAGAAGUUGAAAUGAGGCUGAAAAUAAGUCGUGCUGCAAUAGAUCAAACAGGAGCCCUGUGGUUAGUGUGUACCAUUCAUGUGUUCAGUGAGGAUGCCCUUUGUGUCACACAGAAGCCUGUGUGUGAGGAGGAGAUGAGAAUGAGCUGCGUCUCAGCCACCGCAGCUCGUCAUGGGUGAAGAAACGGGGGUGAAGAAUGUGAGCAUGUAAAUAGCUACAAUACUACGCUUUGUUCCCUUUUAGUGAAACUGCUUCUGUUAGAGCAUUACACCCCCUGACUGCAACAAAUAGCACCUCUGUAUCCUGUCUUGGCGCUGGGACGGAUCUUUUUCUGUUUUCUGGGCUUCAUUUCAUAAAAAUAACGUGAUGAUGAGCAGAAGUGAUGCUAAGUUAUGCUAAUUUACCAAAACUUUAAAUAUGGACAUGAAGGAGAGGACAUAAAAAGACGUGUGAUACGAUCAAAAAACAUCGUAUAAAUCACAAAGGAGGCCUGAAACGUUUGUGGCAUAUUAAGGAAUAUUUGGUUACUGUUUGGUCAUGAGAUGUCACGUAACUUACAUAAACUUUUAUAGAAGAAUAAUCUGUUAACUGUCCUGAUCAUCAUCGUCCUAAAACGACAGAAAAUUGUAAAACUGUCCACCCCAGUUUCUUGCAAGAUGAUGCUGCUUAUUCUUUCAACGUGUAACCCACAGUGCAAAAUCCAUCAUAUAACAAUUUGUAAAAGAAAGAGGAUCAAUGUACCUUUAACAGGAGAAACAGAAACCUGUGAAUGUUUGACAUUUCAGCUUGAAAAAUGACCUCUUUUUGGUCUGAUGCAUCGAGUGAGUCCACGCAGCAAAGCGUAAAAUCUGCCGAGUCGUUCUCUUCAUGAAGUGAAAGGUUCAAAUGAAACUUUGAACGUCAGUGUUCAAUUUUUUUUAUCAAGAGCAUCUAAAAUAAAGAAAAAAUGCCAAGGAGAGAUUUGUAAGAGAGUUCAGAGAUUUUUGUAACUAAGUGUUUGCACAGAACCUCACUGAGCAUUUCUCACCCACUAUAUAAACCAUGUUCAUUCACUCAAACUACAGUGUCUCUGGGAAGUCUGCCCAAUUCUUUAACCGGACAUGCCUGUUGAAGUUGUUCAUUACACCUGCAGCAUGAGUCAGCAAACAUGAGAAAUCUGGCAUGUUUUCAUGUUUCUUAACCUAAUGUAUAGUGAACUGAUCCUUAUGCAAAUUUGAAUCCUGUCAGGGUAGGAAAGACCCAGAUGUGAAGCAGGGGGACUUGUCUGAUUCUUUAGGAUUCUGAUUCGCAUAACCACCUCUUACUUUACAUUAUCCAGCUUAUUGCCCGGCUGCUAACACAUCAUCAACCUUCUUGAAGUACAAAUUAACAUCAAACUAAACAUUGAGCGACUUUGAGUACUAAGAAAAGCGCUAUAUAAAUUCUAUGAAUUAUUAUUAUUAUUAUUAUUAUUGAAGGUGACGUUGGACGAGCUGAGCUGGACUACAGCAGCACUAUUGAUGUUAACAUGUCUGUCCUCGUUCAGCUCUCCUUCUUCUCUUUGACGUUGACUCACCUUUAAACAUAAACGAGUCAAAUGUCUCCUCUUUGAACAUUGUUGCUGUUAUCUCUACCUCUUCUGGUUUCAGAGACUUUGUAGAGACCAGCAGCUUAGAGAUGCUCACUCCAGCUCUGCUGCAGGACAGGAUGUUGCUCCACUUGUCCCUCACACUAACGUUUUUACCACAGUGUCAACAGGCAGAGAGGGAAUGAGACAGACUCCUUUAAAUGUAUUAGAUAUGGUAAUGUGAUCAGGUUGUCUUUGGCGUAGCUUUUGCUGUUAAGUAUUAAUCAGAAUCAAGUAUUCAACACAGCUGGGUAAUCAUUUGUUUCCUUCUGAUGGAGCCAAGCUAGCUUUCUCUCCCUGUCUCUAACCUUUGGGCUAAGCUAAGCUAACAAUUGUGCAGCAUCAGUGUUUUGUCUGGCAGUAACUUCAGCACAUUAUUAUUAAUAAUAAUAAGACUCAGUGGAGACGUCCCUGAGGUUUGAUUACAUGACUCCUGAACAUCCGUUUCCCUCAAAGAUGUAGUCCACCGAUAAUAAAGGGGAACACAUGUUGUUCUCUUUAGCCCUCUGAUGCACUUCUAAUGAAGCUGAUGCAGGUUUUGUUAGGCUGAGUUUCAUCCUCACUGCAGGUUUACCAUUAAAUAUAGGUACCAUGAGAUGACAGUGUAAACUCGUGUCACCUGAGGAGUAUUUUUAAAUCAGUUAACUGGUUUAGGAGUCAGCGCCAACAUGCAAGUCCUCAAUGCGAGACAAUGGCUGCUAAAUGUCAUGUCUGUUGGCUGAAUGAUUGAACCUCAUUGUUUCCCUGCAGGUCUAAUUUGCAUCCCUUUGUGUGACCUGUAGGUGUUCAUUUAUACCUCAUCAGUUACUCUCUGCCGAUCUUCUCACUAUAUUUCCUCAGUUUGUAUUGGAGCUUUUAGAUUCCCUCCUACGCCGCAUGAUUAUGAGGAGAAAAUGUACUCAUUUGCAUAUUCCCCCCUUCAAGGUGUUACAUUAAGCUCUUAUCAAAUAAUGUAAAUAGAAGCAUGAUAGCGCGCAGAUUUUCAGAGCUGUACCCCACCCCUGUGGGCUGGUGGAGUGGCUGGUGAACCGACAACCCGCUCUGGGAGUAUGAAGAGGUUUCUUCUGUUGUUUUUUUACCGACAUCAACACAUUUUCUGUUCCCUUUACCACGUCUAGACAUCUGAACCUCUCCCUGGUUGAAAUUCACCACACAACACGUGUCGCCUUUUGUUUUCCUCCUUCCUUCGCUGGUUGCAUUAAUGAACGGGUACACAGUGGCAGGUGGAAAGGCUCGAUUGUUCAAGUUGAAUCUAAGGCUUUGACACGAGGGAGAAACCCUGCACAAGUUUGAUGUCUCACGAGGGAUCUCCAAGAGGAAAUGAGUGUAGUUACGUAAGCUGCAGCUGAGCAGUCUGCACUGUGGGUCAUUUUAAUUCUAGCUGGAGAGAGAAGUAAUGUGAGGCUGUGCUUUCUAACAUCUCCUUCCCUGAUAGCAGAGCCUCGUUUGUAUCUAGGGCAUUAAAUAAUCACUUAUUCGCCAUUUUGUCUGGACUGUUGGACUGCUGCUCACAUAACCAUUUCUGUGCCAAGGAAUGGUAACAUGGCCUCAACACAGACUCUCUGAAUACAGUAUAAUAUACAGCAGAUAUAAUGUUGUCUGCACUGUGCAAAAAAAAAAAAAACACAUCUGUGAGAGUUUACACAGAAUUUCUGCUCAGACUGAACAAGAACUUGAAUUCGUUGACAAAUCUAGGACAGGCAUAAGAGGAUGAAGCACUUUCUGGACAUCAUCAUCAUCAUCAUCAUCAUCAUCAAGGACGACUGUACUGUAUGCAGACAGAUAUGUGGGCAGAGUAUUGGCACUUUACCUCAAGCAGAGGACACUUGUAUAACCCUUAUGUGCACUCUAUCUCCAGACUGUUGUGCUGUCAGUUGUCUGGCUGGCUAUAUUUACAUGCUCUCUGUACCUGAGAAUUAUGAGAUGUAGCUAACUUGUCAAUAUGUGCACCUGUUGUUUACUAGUAGCAACUGGAUGCCUGGUUCUACCUGCCAUGGAUUGCAUGUCAACAUGUUAAUAAACUGUCCAAUUAUGUAUCCA